GACCCAGAAAAAUCAGACAGACCUUCGAUCAAUCCUUGUCUGCAAAAGUUGGAAUCUUUCAUGGAUCAUGCAUCAACUUCUAAGAAUCCAGUUGCAGCUUCGCUUGCGCCUGGAUUUCGAUUCCACCCGACCGAUGAAGAACUUAUUUGGUACUAUCUGAAACGCAAAGUCUUCGGUAAGGCUUUUCGCGUCGACGCCAUCUCUGAAAUUGACGUCUACAAGUUCGAGCCAUGGGACUUACCAGGGAUGUCUAGGUUGAAGACAAGAGACAUGGAAUGGUACUUCUUUAGUUAUCUUGAUAAAAAGUAUGGGACUAGUUCGAGGACAAAUAGGGCUACUGAAAAAGGUUACUGGAAGACAACAGGUAAAGAUCGACCUGUCCUGCAUAGGUCAAAUACUGUUGGCAUGAAGAAAACUCUGGUUUACCACCUUGGACGGGCUCCACGUGGUGAGAGGACAAACUGGGUUAUGCAUGAGUACAAGCUUGUUGGUGAAGAGUUUGAGAAAAAUGGAAAAAAGGAUGCAUGUAUAUUGUGCAGAAUAUUUCAAAAGAGUGGUCCUGGGCCCAAAAAUGGGGAGCAGUAUGGUGCACCUCUCCUUGAGGAGGAAUGGGAGGAUGAUGACUUGGUUGUAGUUCCUGGAAUGGAUUUUGCAGAAGUUGUGGCUGUCAGUGAUAAUGCAUUUCCUGGUGAUGAAGCAUAUCUUGAUGAACAUGAUGUCGAACAGAUUCUUCUUCCCCAAGUUCCAUCAGUUAAUUCUUCUGCUCCCGAAGAAAACUUCAGCAAUACCAUAAUUGAACCUGAGCAGCCUCCCGUUGAGAAGCUAUCUGAUUUGUCUCAGCAGCUUGACACUCAAGAAAAUUCAGUCAAGCAUGAAUACAUGGGUGAAUCAAGCAAGAUUGCAAACAACAAUAAUUUACAAGGCGAUGGUUUCUUGGAUGCUUCUGAUAUUUUCCAGCCUGAUGAUGGAUCCUUCUUGGAAACUAAUGAUCUAUUGAACCAUUUUGAUGCGGAUCCAUCAGGGUUUGACAUGAUUGAAGAAUACCUUACUUACUUCAAUGCAGAUGAAGACUUCUUAUCCCCUAUGCUGGCAGAUGAUAAUCCCCUCUUUGGACAAUCAUCGUUUGUUCAGGAACCUGUAGAUGGGGAAUGGAAGGAACAAACUGAGGCAAGCCAAGUGUCAGUGAUAGAGCCUAAUAACCAACAUGUUGAUCCAUUCGCAGAGAAAUAUAACCCCAAAAUGCAGCUGGUUAAUGGAGUUAAAUAUCCAACAUUUAUGAAUGAAGCAAGUAAGAUGUUGGAGAGCUUCCCAGCACCACCUGCAUUUGCAGCAGAGUUCCCUACAAAGCUAAACUCUGCUGCUGCUUCCGCUUCUUCUUCUACAAGCUCUGUGGUUCGUGUAACUACUGGUAUAAUCCAAAUAAAUGCAAUGUCAAGUGAUGAUGGGUCUUACGAAAACUGGUCACUCGAAAAGCAGCAAACAACAAAUGUCAACAUUCUAAUAUCUUUCAAUUUGCCACAACCACUAAAUCAAGGAAAACAACAAUUGACCAUUUCAUCAUCGAAUGUGGGUGUGUUCUAUCUGAUGUUUGUUUGGCUAAUAAUCAUUAGUAUGAGCUUCAAGAUUGGGGCCUGCAUCUAUUCGGGUAAGGCUUAAUAAUAACUAUGUUUAGAGAACAUGGGUAUAAGAAACAAACAAACUAAAAAUUAACUUUGGUAUUGUUAUGUGCGACUGAAAUCAUGCAGUUGUGUUUCCGAUUGUAGUAGCUAGGGUUUGGCUAUAGUGUUCAUAUUGUUUUAUGAACUGUUGCUUUGGUCCACUAGCUCUACUCAUGAUCAUCAAUACUUUUAUUUUUAUUUUUAUUAUUUUACUAAGAAUGCAGAUUGGGACUGAUUAUUACAGUUUGUGCAUCAAUUGAACUCGAUUGUGCGUUUUUGUAGAAAAUAAUAAUAAUCCUAAAGGUGAAAU